UCCUGAUUGCAUCCUUUCUCCUGCAGCUCCCAUUCAUGACUUUCAAGAGUUCUCAUCUGGACCGAAGUCAUCUAACUCGGCUCCUGAUGCAUUCUAGAGGUAAGCUCUCUUUAGCUCUUCUUCAUCAGCUUGAUUAAUUUCUUAUUUUCAAACUUGGGCCUUAUCAUUCAUUUCUAAAGUAGUACGGAGUAAUAUAAAAUCAGCACAUGCUGCGCAAUUAUAAAUUAAACAAACGUCUUUAUAAUUGGGAGCUAUUAGCAACGAGCUAUAUACUCCCUCCGUCCCGAAAUAAUCGUCUUGUUUUGACCUUCACACAGAUUAAGAAAACAAAGUUGACUUCACACUGUAGCGAUACUGUUUGGCACUGUAGCGACACUGUUUGGCACUGUAGUGACACUGUUUGACACUGUUUUGACACUGUUUUGUAUAGAUUUGUUUACCAAAUGAGAAAAUGAGACAAUUAUUUCGGGAAGGAGAGAGUAUAAUGAAACAAGGAGAUAAAACAAUAAAUCAAGAUUUCACUCUCCACCAGUUUACCAGAUUAAAGCUUAGUGUUUGUAAUUGUUAUUGAUUUUUACCUGCCGUUUGCAUGAACUUGAUUUUGACAAAAACUUUCCCUUUCUUCUUUUUGAUUAAAGUUUUCUAGUAAAGAAUUCAGUAGUAUCCAAAUGUUACUUUGGUUUUCUCUUUUCAAUAUAUUUUAAAUACAAUUGUCAAUUCCGAUUUUCUUUGUACAAAAUGAUAUCUUUUUACAAUUAUACAUUCAAUCAGUUGUUUCGAUCAAUAUAUCAAAACAUUUUCUAUUUAGCAAUUUCAACAAUUUCAAUCAGUCAAUUCAAUCAGUUAUCACUGUUAUAGGCCCAUAGACUCUUAGCAUGUUAGGAUGUUUUCGUUUGGAUUGAAAUUUGUUGGUCUGAACUGAUCUGCUCUGUUACUUUUCUAUUCUCUAUGUACUCCGUAUUUUAUAACUACGACAGUCUGGUUUGAUUUGGUCUUAUCUGUUUUGGUAUGUUACAUACAUACUUCAAACUUCACCCCAAGGGAUGACUAGUCGACUCAGAUUCAAUUAGGAUUUGAAUUUUUAUCACUCUAAGAGCAUCUUCAAUGUUAAAACGUUAACAAUGCAUACGUAGCAUGAGAGAUAGACAAUGAAAUCACAAUAAAUAGAAUAUCUCUCUCCUUAUUUGAAGGAUCUUAUAUCAUUUUGGUAAGUUUUUCUUCACAAUGUCAAACACAAUGUCUAGAUGCAUGUAGACAUUGUGGUUGAUAUUGCAGGGAAAAACUUACCAAAAACACAUAAGAGCGUGAAAAGACGGAGAGAGAAAUGUUAUAAAAUCAAUCUUUUGUGUCUAUCUCUCUCAUGCCACAUGACAUUGAAAAUGCUCUAAUAAAAUAAUUAAUGUGUGGCUUUAAUUGAGUUGACUAGUCAGUCUAACAUGUAAGGUGUGUUUUGAGUCAUCCAUCCAUCGUGCAUUUUUCUUCUUUCUCCCAUUUUUAACGUGAUGUAUCAUGAUGGGAAUGUUUUUUGUCCUCAAAUUUUUCGACGAAACUACGGAGUAGUUUUCAGCAGAUAAAACUGAAAUGAUAUUAAAGAGUGUUACAUCAAGUCAUCAACGUUAUUUUAUUUAUCAAUAUAAAACUCUUUUGUUAUGUGAAAAAAGCCAAUUAAAUCUGCAUAUAUCAAAAUUACUUGAUUGAAUUUUGAAGAGAAAGCGUCAUUCCAUUUAACAGUUUUCUUUAACCACAAUUAGACACAACAGUAUUUCAAUAAAUACUUUUAUUCUAAUCCUUAUUUUGAAAAAAAAAAACUCCAUAAAAUUAUAACGAAAUAGGAACUUUAAAACUUUUAAAGUUCACCAUAAAAGCUCUUUAUCAAAACAAGGGUUUCUUUAAUGAACUUUUAAAAAAAAUGAAUAAAUUGAGAGUUGAUAACCAAUACGUAUUAUUCGGUCAAUGUUCUUACAAAUAUGUAACUUUUGAUUUCAUGUGUACGAAUUAUGUAGUCAAAAUAAGUAAAGUUUAAAUUGUUUUGUGGUUGAAUCGAUUGAAGUAGAUCUCAUUUAAGCUAGUUUUCAUUUUAUUUUUCUUUGUUAACUAAUGAAAUACUACACCUACUUUAGUUAUGAAUUGUCUAUAAUUCAAUAGAAUCAGCCAGUGGAACUGGUCCGUUUUAUCUAUAAUUUUAUCAAUUUGAAAUGUUAUCAAUGUGCGUCGAUUUUAAUACCCAGGUAAAGGAAGAAAAAAUUAAAAAAUUCAACAUAAUCAGCCAAUGUGCAUGAAAAUACGUAUCCUUUGUAGAAUUGAGGACAAUAUUUGUUUGACUUGUGAGUGGCAAGAAUGAUAAUGAGAUUUUAAUAUCAUGAACCCAACAACCGAAAAAUAUCCUUUACUUCAGAGGACACCAAAUUAUCCAUCUUUUCUUCUAAAACAGACCCACUAAAUACCUUUUAAAACAAUCAAUCGAUUAUUAAUUAUAUGAAUUGGCUUGUAAAACAGGGGAAUUAGGGUCGACAAUACUAUAUUCAGUAGCACGCGGACUUUGUAAGUAGAGACAAAAGAGUAUGGAUUAUGGAAGUAAUAAUUACACAUAUCGACAUAACAAAAGAUGUUUUGUAUUGAACUGUUUUGGGCCUGCCACAUCAAACCUUAUCAGGCCACAGUUAAACAGAAUAAACAAGAUUAGAUUUAAACAGACCAGUCAAGACCAACAAAUUUCAGUGAGAACAUCCAAAAGAGUGGUGCUAUGCCACAAACUUGGCUUGCCUAGUACCGAUACUAUGGGUGUAAAUACCUCGUAGAUGCUUAGAAAAACCGACUCGAGUUUGAUCAUAUUUAGAGUUUUAAACUUGACUUGAGUUAAAAAAUUUAACAAGCUCGAUUAAAGUCUUUUUAUUUUAGGUUCAGGAUUCAUGAGCUGAUUCACGAGCCUUGAUGUAAAGAUACAUACACAUACAUACUUCGGGUAUAAUAUUUAUAUACAAUUAUAUACUCCCUCCGUUCCUAAAUAAACUUUCAACUUUCCUUUUUCGUCCGUUCCAAUUAAAACUUCCACUUUUCCUUUUUGGUAAAGAAUUUGUGGUUCACAACAUUUCUUACACAUUUCUCUGUCCUCUGCACAACUCUCCACCACACAAUAUCCACUAUCUUAAACUUUGUGCCAAACCCAUUUGGAAGUUAAAAUGGGAACGGAGGUAGUACAUAGCAUAUACUAGUAAUAAACUUGAAAGAUUUGUAAUUUAUGGUUAUUCUAUUUUCAAUACUUAUUAUUAUACAGUUAAUAGGAAAUAAUUAUGCAUAUAGUACAUAAUAAUACGGAGUAUUGAUUACAGAGUAUUAUUAUCAUAACCAUGCAACAACAUACGAAAACAUGAAGGUAGGAUAAAAAGAAUAAGAAAAAAAAGAAUACUACCUCCGUUCUGAAAAGGUUUGGCAUAUUGAGUUGUCUUGAUCAAUGAUGACAAACUUUGAAAAAUGAUUUUAAUUUUUAUAUUUGUAUAUAAUUUAUAAAUUUUAUACUUUUAUGAAAAUAUUUUGAAUAAGGAACAUUUUUAUAUAAUUUUCACAUUUCAAAUAUUUUCGAAUUAAAAAUAUCAUUGGUCAAAGUUGAAUGUCAUUAACCAAGAAAAAUUAAUUUGACAAACCUUUUCGGGACGGAGGGAGUAUAAGAUAAGACAACAUAAGAAAGAUAAAAUGAAAUAUUGAUAAGGAAAAAGGGGCAAAUAAGCCAACGUACUAAUAAAAAAGGUCAAAUAAGCCCUUAUAUAGGAGGUUGUGUUCGGCUGUUGCCAUUUGGGGCAGUUUCCGGUGGAAUUUUUUUAUGACAUUUUUUGAGAAUCUUAUUCAUUAAGUCUAGUUUACUAAUACCAAAUUUCAGCUAACAAUUCAAUUGGGAAGGCAUUCAAAUAAAUUUUUGAAGAUAACUGUGCUUUUAACUGCGCAGCUAUAUUCAAGAAGUCAUUUGAAUGCCUUCCCGAUUGACGUUUUAGCUGAACUUUGGUAUGAGUAAACUAGACUUAAUGAAUAAUAUGAUCAAAAAAUUUCAUAAAAAAUGUCCACCGAGAACCGCCCUAAAUGACGAUGGCCGGAGAUAGCCUCCUAUAUAAGGGCUUAUUUGAUCUUUUUUGGUUCGUACGUGAGCUUAUUUGCCCCCUUUUCCUAUUAAUAAUUUGGAAAGUAGAAAUUUUAUUUUUAGCUCAUGAACCGGCUGGAGAUCGAAUCAAGCUCAAGCUAUUAUAUUGAGCAUCUUAUUUGAGCUCAGUCUUAUAAAAAUUAAUUAGCAUAACUCGGUCCAAGAUCGAAUCAAGCUCGAGCUAAGCUCAACUCGAGUUCAAGAUCGAAUUAUUUAGCUCUUCCAAGCUCGAGUUCGUAAAUUCUUAUCAAGUUCGAGCUCCAGUACACCAAUGUUUGAGCUCAGUUCGGAAUUUUGCACCCCUACCCGAUUUGCAGACAAAAUCAACAUUGCCUCUACUUUCUUCAGAAAAUUAAGAAAGACAAAAUCAAGAAGAAAAAAUGGCUGGAACUGAUAGAGUGAAUCAUCAGAAUCAAGAACUAGUACCAACUGGAAAAUUAGGUAAAAUAAUGCCAGUACUAGAAGCAAUGAGGCGUCCACGUGGCAGGCCGGCCGGGUCAAAGAACAAGCUGAAACCGCCGGUUAUCAUCACGCGGGACAGCGCGAAUGCGCUUAAAGCACACGCGAUGGAGGUCAGCUCCGGCUGCGACGUCAACGAGAGCCUCCUGAGCUUUGCCCGGAGAAAGCAACGGGGAAUAUCCGUCCUGAGCGCGACGGGGUCCGUCACCAACGUGACGUUGCGUCAACCAGCGUCCUCGGGAUCAAUCGUGACCCUCCACGGGAGGUUCGAGAUCGUAUCUUUGCUCGGCUUGAUUCUGCCACCCCCGGCCCCGCAGGGGGUGACGGGGCUGACCAUAUUCCUCGCCGGAGCGCAGGGGCAGGUGGUGGGUGGGUCCGUGGUCGGUGCACUUAUCGCCUCUGGUCCGGUCGUGAUCAUGGCCGCAACUUUCUUGAAUGCCACUUAUGAUAGGCUGCCAUUGCAUGAUGAUGAACAAGUCAUUUCCACGGCCAACCACCACCACCAGAAUGGCGGCGGCUAUCAGAAUGUGGAGGUUUCUGACAUAUAUGGGUUGCCACAGAGUCUAAUUAGUGGCGGCGGUGCUUUACACCCAGUUGAGGUUUACACUUGGGCACCGCCCAAGAAUUUGUCAAAACCAUAGAUGCUGUUAUGCGCCAGAAUUCCAGAAAUUAUUAUUCUAGAGAAACGAUACUCCUCUAGACUUUCAUCAAUGUUCUUAAUUUAUUUUACUUCUCAUAGCUAAAUAAGAAAAAGUGUAUCUAUAUGAUAAUCAUUCAAUGUAUGUUAUUAUUAGACCAACUUAUCUUAUGUUUAACAGAUUAUGAUGUUCAAUUAACAAUGAAUAUGGGAUACAAUGUACGUAAUUAUCUUCAAUAUCAAGCUGAAACAAAAGCCUCCUUUCAU